AUGUCUGAUUCCGUUAUUGCCAACUACAAGCUUGCCAAAGCACCCAUUUACUCCCAUUGUUUCUCGCAAGAUCGGUCGAUCUUGGCGGUGACCUUAAACACGGAUUGCUUGGUAUUUAAAAUGGUGCCCAAUGGUAAGCCACAACUCGUGGCAAGUCUUUCUGAUCACGACAAAACGGUUACUGCAGUAGAUAUUUCAAUCCACGGCAGAAUUCUCACUUGUUCACAGGACAGAAAUGCCAUAGUGUGGGAGCCCCUAAGUGAUGGCUCCUACAAGCCUACACUAGUGCUUUUGCGUAUCAACAGAGCUGCCACAUGUGUUAGAUGGGCACCUAGUGGUUACAAAUUCGCAGUUGGUUCGUCAGCCAGAAUAAUCGCUGUUUGUUACUAUGAACAGGAAAAUGAUUGGUGGGUUUCCAAACACAUCAAAAAGCCUAUCAAAUCCACAGUAAACUGUUUGUCGUGGCACCAAAAUGGGAUAAUACUUGCAUGCGGUGGUACCGAUGGCUAUGUGCGUGCAUUUUCCGGAUUUGUAAAAGGCUUGGACUCCAAAGACCAGGUUGCUAGCUCUCCCUGGGCCGAUAAAUUCCCCUUUGGCGCACUUGUACGUGAGUGGUACAAUGGGGCCUGGAUCCACGAUGUUGAAUGGAGAAGUUCCCAAGAGAAAUUGGCCUACGUUACUCACAGUGGAUCUUUCAACGUUGUGGACUCUUCGGGACAGAUGUGGGCGGCUGAGUAUCCCGAAGGUUUGCCAUUGACCUCUGUUGUGUGGGUAAAUGAUCAUGAAGCUGUAUGUGGUGGAUUCGCAUGCCACCCCGUCUUGUUUACAGAAGGCGCGUCCGGAUGGCAGUUUUCUAAGAAUAUCGACAAAACUGUUGCGUCUCGUACCCCUGUUGCUGCCACCUUUGACGAAGAGGGUCAAGACGAGACGGGCUCUUUUGGGAUCUCUGCUUUGAAAAAAUUCAAGGACCUUGACCUAAAGGGAAAAGUGUCUACUCAAGUGCAAGAAUGCACGCAUGAAAAUGCGAUAAUGGAGCUAGCACCCUAUUCCGAAGCUAGUGGUAAUGUCACCGAGAUUUCGUCAUGUGGUCUUGAUGGGAAAGUCGUCAUCUAUAGAGUGUAA